CGUCCGACUACCCAGCGGCUUUGCGCGUCUGCGGUGUGAGCGUCCGCGCUGGAGCUGAGCAAGCAUGGGGAAGGUGAAUGUGGCUAAGCUGAGGUACAUGAGCCGCGAUGACUUCAGGGUCCUGACCGCGGUUGAAAUGGGCAUGAAGAACCAUGAAAUUGUUCCCUGCAGUUUGAUUGCUUCUAUAGCCAGCCUGAAACAUGGUGGCUGUAAUAAAGUUUUGAGAGAAUUAGUGAAACAUAAACUCAUAGCUUGGGAACGUACUAAAACUGUCCAGGGCUAUCGAUUGACAAAUGCUGGUUAUGAUUACCUAGCUUUGAAAACCCUGUCUUCUAGACAGGUAGUUGAGUCUGUUGGAAACCAGAUGGGUGUUGGCAAAGAGUCAGAUAUUUACAUUGUUGCAAAUGAAGAAGGGCAGCAGUUUGCACUGAAGCUUCAUAGACUGGGAAGAACCUCAUUUCGAAAUCUGAAAAACAAGCGUGAUUACCAUAAGCACAGGCAUAAUGUUUCUUGGCUUUAUUUAUCUCGUCUCUCUGCCAUGAAGGAAUUUGCCUAUAUGAAGGCAUUAUAUGAUAGGAAAUUUCCAGUUCCAAAGCCAGUUGAUUACAAUCGCCAUGCAGUGAUCAUGGAGCUUAUCGAUGGUUAUCCCCUGUGUCAGAUACAUCAUGUUGAAGACCCUGCAUCAGUUUAUGAUGAAGCUAUGGAACUAAUAGUCAAAUUGGGAAAUCAUGGGUUGAUUCAUGGAGAUUUCAAUGAAUUCAAUCUCAUAUUGGAUAAAGAUGACCACAUCACCAUGAUUGAUUUUCCACAGAUGGUUUCCACUUCCCAUCCAAAUGCUGAAUGGUAUUUUGACAGAGAUGUUAAAUGCAUUAGAGAGUUCUUCAUGAAACGUUUUGGCUAUGAAAGUGAGCUCUACCCAACCUUUAGUGACAUCAGGAGGGAGGACUCUCUUGACGUGGAGGUCUCUGCCAGUGGUUACACAAAGGAGAUGCAAGCAGAUGAUGAACUGCUCCACCCAGUAGGUCCAGAUGAUAAGAUUACUGAAACAGAAGAGGAAUCUGACUUCUCAUUCUCUGAUGAAGAGGUGUUAGAAAAACACAAAGUUCGGACAUCAGAAACGGAAAAUGAACUGAACCCAGUAGAUGAAUCGGAUGGCUACUGUUGCCGCUCACCUGGAGACUUUAAGCAAAUAAAGGAAGAUGAUUUAUCAGAGCAGAGUGCUGAUGUAUCCAGUUUUGAAGUGACUGAAUUAAAUCAAGCUUUAGAAGAAAUGAAGGCGCAGGUUCUUACCCACAGUUCUGUUACUGGCUUUUCUGAGGAGAGCAAUAGUACUGAAAAUGACACCAGACACGAUGGCCAGACAGGUCAGUGGACUGCUGACUCUGAAGAGUGUGAGGAUGAAUGCCCUGAUCUGAUUGCCUUGUCAUCAAUGAACAAGGAGUUCAGGCCUUUCAGAGAUGAAGACAGUAUGAAUAGUGUUGCUCAGCACAGAACAAGAACCCUGAGUGUUACAUCUACCAGCAGUAUCCUAAGCUGUUCAACAAUUCCUCCAGAACUGGUGAAGCAGAAGGUGAAACGCCAGCUGACAAGGCAGCAGAAGUCAGCCACCAGACGCCGGUUGCAGAAAGGAGAAGCCAAUGUGUUUACCAAGCAGCGGAGGGAAAACAUGCAGAAUAUUAAAUCUAGUUUGGAAGCAGCCAGCUUUUGGGGAGACUAGUGUAUUUCUGAUACAUAUUUUUUAAGAUACUGUAAUUCUAUAUUCAGCCACCUUUGGUCUGUUUUUAACUAAAACCACCAUGUACAGAAAUAAACCUUUUGACUAUAAAUUUGACUCAUGUGGCUUCCAGAGACUAAUUAAUUACAAUUCUGUUAAGCAUUUUUUUAAUUCUUCAAAUAACUGUUAAACCUAAAAUAACUUGUUCAAUAAAACUUCAUUAGCAGUA